AUGAUUGACCUCUGCUCCCGGGACGCCUGUGCUGAUCCAGUUUCCGUGGUCUUCAUGGUGAUCGACACGAGAUGUAUUUACUGUGAUGACCGCAGAAUAAUCAUUUCUCUUUUUGCAGCUGAGAAUGUACCUUCUUCGCAUACUGGGGCAGAAAAUACCCAAGAAAAGUUGCAGUUGUCCAGCAAGGACAACGAAGAAGACAUGGUUGCCGAGCUGGGAGCCAGCAAUGGCAGCUGCACGGAUUCACUGAAGAGUGUUGAGAAGAAGACUUUAAGGGUUAAGUUUCCAUUGAGGAUUGAAGAUCUCUCUGUAAGCAGUGUUUCAUCCAUAUAUUGUAUUGAUGAUUCAUGGCAUUCAGCAGAUGAUGACGCAGAUCUUGCUCCGAAGAAAGUCUGGCAUCCAAGGUUCACAAAGCCGAUUCAGGCCUGGCAAGAUCCCACGAUAAACACAGAGGCAAAAGAUGGUGUUUUGAAACCAGGAACUAGCGCCUCCUUUGAGGACAAUAAUUCUGAUCAUAAAAAUGAAGAUGUGGUUACAACCUUUCCCGAACCAUCAACCGAAGUUCCAGGCUUUUCUCAUCCUGCCUUCCCAGCACCGGAACCUCUCCCAUCUUCAGCAGUCUUUGGUGUUACAGAGGAAGAAGCAGCAAAGCCAAAAACUGGGGGAAAAGAGAACGGCACUCGGACUAUUAACAGUGUCCUAAAGGAGCAAGCAGAUCAUAACAAAUUGGUUUCUAUUGAUGGAGCACAUAAAAAUGACAAAGGUGGCGCAACAUCAGCAUUAGGAUUAGAAGAAAAGGAAGCUGUAGAACCAUCCUGGGACUCUGAGGUAGAUCUGCAACGAACAUUUCAGGAGAAGUAAAAGCAUGGGGAAUAGUAAUAAAUACAUGGUGUUAAAAUGCCAGCAGUUUGGUUUAGUGAUGUUUUACUGAGGACAGCCCAGUUUGGGCAGGGAAAGUAGCGUGCACUGAGUACCUUUAUGGCGACCGAAAUGAAGGAAGCUAAGUGCAGGGUAGUGGUGACCUAUUCCAAGGUGAUAGCCGUGGAAAGAGGUCAGAAGAGCCCGAGCCCUUGGAUCUCGGCAGCUCCUGCCUAGUGGCACAACACUGUACUUGAAGUCAGCAGACGUGGUAGCAUCCUGGUUCUGACACACUGUG